AUGGGGCCUGGACUGGUGGGGAGCUUCCCUGCUAAGGCUAGCUGCCGUGUUGCACGGAGCCUGCUCCAGACCAUGUUGCUGUCCAAGAUGGCUGGCAUGAAGGAGCAGCAGUUUCCUGAGGAAAAGCCCCUGCUCCUCGAGCAGAGAGGAGGCCCUGAUGCAGAGAUGCCUCCGGAGAGCACCGAUGGGGCACAGAAUGCAAGCACAUCACCCACCACGGCCCCCCCACCCGCAGCUGCUGCCCCUUCCCCGGGCCGCUCCCAUCGGUGGCACAUGAUUGCACGCCACUGGCUCCGCAUGACUCGCCGUCGGACCAGCGGGUCCAUCCCGGAGAACUGUGAAACCUUCACCUGCACAGGAGACUGGAAGGAGCAUGACAUCGAGACGCCCUUCGGCAUGCUGCACGUGGUCAUCCGCGGGGCAGCCAAGGGCAACCGGCCUGCCAUCCUGACCUACCACGACGUGGGCCUCAACCACAAGCUGUGUUUCAACACCUUCCUCCAAAAUGAGGACAUGCAGGAGAUCACCAAGCACUUUGUGGUGUGCCACGUCGAUGCUCCCGGCCAGCAGAUCGGCGCAUCCCAGUUACCCCAGGGGUACCAAUACCCCACUAUGGACCAGCUGGCAAGCAUGCUGACCAGUGUGGUGCAACACUUUGGAUUCAAGAGCAUUGUGGGAAUUGGAGUUGGGGCUGGUGCCUACAUCCUGGCCAAGUUUGCUCUGAUUUUUCCAGACCUUGUGGAGGGUCUGGUUCUGCUGAACAUCGACCCCAAUGGCAAGGGCUGGAUUGACUGGGCAGCGACCAAGCUGUCUGGACUGACCAGCGCUCUGCCUGACACCAUCAUGUCACACCUCUUCAGCCAGGAGGAGCUGAUGAACAACACAGAGCUGGUGCAGUGUUACCGGCAGCAGAUCAACAACACCAUCAACCAGUUCAACCUGCAGCUCUUCUGGAACAUGUACAACAGCCGUCGGGAUCUGGAAAUGAACCGCACGGGGUCUGCCUUGAAUGCCAAGACCAUUCGGUGCCCUGUCAUGCUUGUUGUUGGUGACAAUUCCCCAGCCGAGGAGGGAGUGGUCGAAUGCAAUUCCAAGCUGGACCCCACCAAUACCACCUUUCUGAAGAUGGCUGACUCCGGUGGACUGCCACAGAUCACACAGCCUGGAAAACUGACUGAAGCUUUCAAAUACUUCCUCCAGGGAAUGGGUUACAUUGCUAAUAUAAAGGAUCGAAGGUUGAGUGGGGGGCCAGUGCCCUCAGCCAGCAUGACCCGCCUGGCGCGCUCGCGGACGGCCUCCCUGACCAGCGCUGGCUCCGUGGAGGGCUCACGGUCCCGCCCCUGCACCCACUCGGACAGCAGUGACGGCGUGGGUCAGCUCAACCACACCAUGGAGGUCUCCUGCUGAGCCCCACGGGGGGCCUUACCAGGGGUGGGGGUGUCAUUAGAGACGGCUGCCGGCCUCAUCUGUUUUCCUCGACACACUCCUUUCCUCCUUCCCUUCCUCACUCCCUCCCUGUUUCUUCCUUGCUGUACUCCUCUAUGAAUACUUCUGUUUGUAAUGUCAGGACAUGUUUUCCCCAUUUUGCCCGUUGUCCCCUCGACACGCAGACCCACCAUUCCCUGCCGCCUCAUGCUCUCUCUAUGCCUGCUUCUUGUCCCUUUAACUUCCUCUGUAUUGCUGUUGGGGGUGGGGGAGGGGGGAUAGAACGGUAAUGCACAAAUGUGAACCUUUCUGAAAUUCCUGGGGUGAUGCUCAUCUGAAACUACACAGCAGUGUGUAAGGUUCUCUCUCUAUCUCUCUCUCUCUCUCUCACACACACACACACACACACACACACAAGAUGUCAAAGUUUCUGAUAGAGUCAGGCAGCUUCCCCGAGGGCUAUACUGUAGCAGUAACCUCUGGAGUUCUCAGCAGGCCUGUUAGAGGCCGCUGAGCCAUUCUGUAGCACAGAUUUCACAUCCUGGGUUGAUGGUGGAGGUGCAGACGUGUGAGCAUGGCGCACCCUGUGUGUGCCCAGGCCUGGGAACAUUGCAUGUUGGCAGCGACCCUGUAUUUCAGUGCUUUCCUAUGAAAGCCUGACAUCAUUCACGAAGCAUAGCAUCACAUCAACAUGUCAUAAUGUAUCAGGACAAGGAACACGGCGUCACCGAGCAAGACAGCCACGUUCGAAGCGUGUGACCCUGGUUGGAGAUGUAGUCACUGAGGCGUGAAGAUCAGAGGUUUUCAUCCUUCGUCAUAAGUUGCUGCAUUACGUUGAACUCGGACCAUUGCAAUGGAAAUCGUUGACACAGUCAUGUCACAGACUAGGACGUGGGACAAACGCAUGGCAGGUGGAUCAGAGAAAGGGGUCGGUCUCUGUGACAUACGAAUCCAUAACAUCCCGCCUCCAUAUCUCCACCUGCAGAAGAACUUACGUGGUAUUGGACCCAAGGAGCUCCCUGGUGCCAGUGGGUCUACACAGGGAUGUGUGUUGCCACAGAUGGGCAGGCCAGGGUCUCCACUACAAAGACAAUCACCUUCCCGCUCAAACCAAACCGGGCCUUGGAGCCACGCAGAACUCACUGGCAGCAGGGAGUUCCUGUGGGUCAGUGCCGGUCCAACAGCCCCUUCCCCUGUAGUACCUGGUCCUUACUACGAUGAUCAUACCAAAGCUAGGCCCUUGAAUAGUGGCUGGGCACUACAGGAGAACUGGAGUGUGUCCGCAUGCAUAUUUGCUAUUGUCCGGCAGAAGAACACCAUCAUUCCCAUUACAAACAUCAUUCCAUGACACAUUAUAGGGAAACAACUUAAUGGCCAUAAGCUUGCAACAUCAAGACAUAUUUAGACUUUCUGUGAGGGCGGAGAACUUUGGACAAUGUUUCACUGAAUUUAAAAUACACAUUACCACACUAGAGGCAUAAAAUCUUUACUGCCCUUGGUGAUUUAGAGAAAUAUUCUCAGUUGUAUUUAGUAUGAAAAUUGUGGCGGUUUUCUUACCACAAAUGUGUCAGUGUAUGCAGUAUAUCCUGAUCACAGGCUAACUUCUCCAACACAGGAAGCCAUUUUCAUACAGGAUUCACUAUCACCAUCUUUCACUUUCAGAACAGUUUUUCCCAACCUGGUCCUUGGGGACCCCUGAUGGUCCAUGUUUUUCGUCCCUCCCUCCCACUCUACCAAAAUGAUGGACUGAAGGUCUCCGAGGACUGGGUUGGAGAACACUGGCAUAGACCAUCUUAGCCUGUUGUUCUUGAUGACAUGCUGGACUGAGUCACAAAUUUCACACAUUGUCAUUUCAUUCAUUUAAGAGGCUUCAGGACUGUCAGCACCAUGUGUUCAUUUAUCAGCCCUCACAUUCAUGUCACGCUACAGGGACCGACUUGGAGAUGUGGGUCUGUUCUUUAAGGAGUUUGUGGAGAUGCGACAUUGAGUCAUGAUAAAAACUGCUGGACACACGAACACAAACAAGAUUCCCACUGACUUUAGUAAGUCUCAUUUUGCUGAUAAACUUGGCUCUCUUAGCAGGUGAAAGGAUUGUGAUUUGGUUAUUUGGUGUUUUGUCAUACCGUAAGAUCCUUAUCACUGCCAUGCUAUUCUCAAACCACUGCACACUUCUGACCCUGUUAGAGUGCCCAAUAAAUGAUUAAAAUACAGUCGCAGGUCUUUAUUAAAAGUAGUCUUCAGUCAUCUGUGCUGUCAUUACAGCACCAGUGCUGUGAGCUUCGCACCAGACAGGCGAUCACGAACAGGAUGACAGCCGCUCCUCAGCUGCAUCCCUAACCUGAUGCUGCUGCUUUAAGAAGCUCUACGUAAGGCUAUGAAAUCAUGUGACUCUGUGUUAGCAUGGUGUUUAGUGAGAUUAAGGACUCAGUGGAGAGCACUUGCUGCUGAGCAGGCCUCAGUGCCACCUGGAGGUCCCUGUCCCACCCAGUAGGAGGUGGGGCCCUGAUCAGCUGUCAACUGGUGCGUUCUUCCUUUCCAGGCCAUUUUAGUCCCACAUCUGUCUGAAUGUUGAUCGUAAAGUGACGCCCUCGAAAGCAGGGGGUCUGGUCCAGCAAUCUGUCUACUGGGCAAACAUUUGUGUCUGCAAGGGGUGCAGCUUUAUGGAGCAACUCACUCCAAGCUUGGAAUGUAAGGCAACAUCCAACUUCACUGCCUCCCCCCAAAUUGUUGGUGCCCCGCCACUCACAGACACAUCUCUCCCAAAGAAGGGCUAUUAGCUAACGUAACCACUUAGCAACCCAGCACCAGUUCACAGCUGCCAGGAUCGCUAAGAGAGAGUCUCUCGCUAAGUGGUCUUAGUGGUACCUACAUUUCUCAGAGAGACCGUGACUGUCAUCUGCUCACGAGAAACUGACUGCUAUGCCCUUGUUUAAAUAGCCCUUGAAUGCAGAGGUUUGGGUCUCCUCUGUGACCAUAAGCCAUGCUUCUAACAGAGCCCUGAUUGCUCCAGUGCUCCCUGUCACCCUGUAAUGGUGACUUUAUCCUCAGUGGUCCUGUGUCAGUGUCGCUGCCCCUCUAAUACCUGAGCUCAGCCCAGACUCUCUGCUAGCCCAUUAUCACUUCUCUGGUGUACUACAUUUGCCAAGAGUGUAAUUCAGCAGCAAAAUGUUUCCCCACCCUGGUGUCAAUGUUGCUGCCUCCUCGUUGCUGUUUUGGUUGGACACAAGGACCUGUUAACUGUUAGAACCAGUGAUUAAGGAUGUCAAGAUCUUCAUUCAGACAUUGGGGGAUGAGUAGGGCCAGAGGUACUUGAGGAGGAAUUAAGGAAAUUGCUUGGCUGUUGAAAGUGAGCUGGUUUAUUUCAGAGGUGCUGGGUGCCGGAUGGGAAGGGGGCUGUUUGUUUUCACUGUCAGACCAGGAACCAGGUUUUAUGUGCUAAUGUUUUGGUCCUUGUAAGUGAUCCAUCAGGAGAACUGAAUAGCCUGUGGCUCUUAAAACUAUAUACGCUGUGGGAGGGGGUGUACAAAUCAGUGUAAAUAAUGCAGUAAUUAUACAGUGCUAAAGCAAAAUGGCUAUUAGCUCAGUCCUGUAAACACAUUGUAGGUAUCUACUGCUGAGUUCCAGGUGGAGGAUAUUCUGUCCAGGACCGUCUGUUUGAGAGACAGACAGGUGCAAGGCAGUCUGUGUGAAGGACAGACACAUGCAGAAUGGUCUGUGUCAGGGACAAAUGGGUGCAGGAUGGUCUGUGUGAGGGACAGACAGGUGCAGGACAGUCUGUAUGAGUGAUAGACAAGUGCAGGAUGGUCUGUAUGAGUGACAAACAGGUGCAGAACAGUCUAUACGAGGGACAGAGAGGUGCAGAACGGUUUGUGUGAGGGACAGAGAGGUGCAGAACAGUCUGUGUGAGGGACAGACAGAUGCAGGAGAGUCUGGGUGAGCAACACAGAUGCAGGAUGGUCUGUGUGAGUGACAGACAAGUGCAGGAUGGUCUGUGUGAGCAAAAGACAGCUGCAGGAUGGUGUGUGAGUGACAGACUGCUGCAAGACAGUUUGUGUGAACUACAGACAGGUGCAAAAACGGUCUGUGUGCUUGACUUCUGGAGAGCUGAGUCCCAAAUCUGAUUAGCUGGCUGACUGUAAAGAACACAUUAUACACACAUGACCCGAUUGAAGCUCUAACACAUUGCCAGUGUGCCCUAACCCUCUCCUGCCUAGGCCUGGGCUCUACUGUCCACGCUCUCUCCUAGCUUUAGAUACCUGCUGUGUUUAAGACAAGCUGAAUAAGAAAGGUAAUACAAUGUAAACUAGUGCAGAAUUCUAACAAAUACCACGUCUUCUUCUCUGCCCUCCUUGAGGUCCUUUGUUUUUAUAUUAUAAAUAGUAUUAUCCAGUGGUUUAACUGUUUCUGUGGGGUGUUAUUAUUACUCUUAUUGUUACUGAUCAUUGUUACUAUUAUACUUAGAGACUAUUUUGUAUUGAGCAAUAAGUUGUGGUGUUCUCUAACUGUCCUGUUGUGUGGGCGUCUCCCAGAGCUUCACUCCGCCCACAAAUAGUAGUUCUCACUGUAACCUGCUUUAACAUAAUAAAUUUAAAAGGUGUGAACAUGAAUAUAACUUUGCCGUUACUUAUACAUGUACUGAACAUAAUCAAAAAUAAAGACAUUUCUCGCAACGUC